AUGGAUGAUUAUCAUGAUCGAAAGUCGUUUGCCCUUCGUGUUCUACGUUCGAAAAUUGUCAAUUGGAAACAAGGACACGAAGAUAACGAACAUAGCCAACGUGCUGUCGAUUUUCUUAUAAAAAAAUUGAAGAACACCGAUGGUGUACUCGAUUCAUUAGCAAAAGUAUUAUUAAAACCUCAUUAUCCAAGUUCAUGUAUAACAAUUCCACAGUCAGUAGAUAAACGUAUUCAAAUUGUCUAUCGUAAAGAUUUUCCACAUGUUGUCUAUUGUCGUUUAUGGCGUUUUGCUGAUUUACAAAAUUAUCAUGAAUUAGUUCCUGUACCUUACUGUCGUUAUCCAUUUUUACCGGGAAGUAAUCCUAAUCAAAAAUGUGUUUGCAUAAAUCCAUAUCAUUAUAAUCGAAUACCAUCGCAAGUUCUUCCGUCAAUUAUUGAACCAAGAAUAAAUAAUGAAAAUGCACCACCAACACCACCUCCAUCUCUGUACUCACCUGAUCCAUAUUCUCCUCAAUGGGUACCUCACCAAAUACAACCGGUAUGGUGUACAAUAAAUUAUUAUGAAUUCAGUAGUAAAGUUGGUGAACAAUUUCGUGGAACAGAAAGAAAAAUAUUUGUCGAUGGAUAUACAUUACCGUAUAGGAAAGUUUCAAAUCGAUUUAGUUUAGGUUCAUUAGAAAAUGUUAAACGGCAAAGUAUUGCAGAAGAUGUUAGAACAUUAAUUCGCGGAGGCAUUGAAUUAAUCUUACAUGAUAAUGGUGAUGUGUCCAUAAGAAAUCGUUCGUGGACACAUUCUGUAUUCAUUCAAUCAAUUCUUUAUAAUCGGUUAAACAGCUUAAAAGAUUCGACUGUUUAUCAUUUACAAAGUCGUCACUCAAUAAAUUCAAUAUUUAAUUUAUCAGUUUUUACUCAAUUAGUCAACAACCCAGCUGCUACAUACGAAACAAUACUUGAUCUAACGAAAUUAUGUACAAUACAAGUCAGUUUUAAAUAUGGUUGGGGUUAUGAAUGUAGUCGACGCGAAAUAACGUUAACACCUUGUUGGUUAUCAAUUAUUAUUAAUGAACCACUUCGUUUAAUUGAUACUCGUCUACAACAAUUGCAACCUGAACAAGCAACUAUAUCCAGUUAA